GAAGCGAGCACUUGCUGCCUGCGCUGCCGAGGCGGGUGUCUCUCUCCAGCCCUCCAGCCUCCGCCAGCCUUCGCCAUGAGCACCACUGUCAGGCAAUACUCCUCCUCCACCUCCCUCAAGGGCCUGGGGGGAGGCUCCAGCAGGCUUUCCUCCGUGCGUGUUGGGGCAGGAGGGUACCGAGCCCCCAGCGUCCACGGAGGCUCUGGCAGCUACUCUGUCUCUUCCCGCAUCGUCUCGGGGCUCGGGAGUGGCUACGGGGGCAGCUACUGCAGCAGCGUAGGAGGGGGCCUCGGCGGCGGCUUUGGGGGUAGCUAUGGGUCUAGCUUUGGGGGUGGCUAUGGGGCUGGCUUUGGCGGUGCCUUUGGGGGCGGCUAUGGGGCUGGCUUUGGAAGUAGCGAUGGCAUCCUCAUGGCUGGCGAAAAGGAGACGAUGCAGAACCUCAACGACCGCCUGGCCGCCUACCUGGACAAAGUGCGUGCCCUGGAGGAGGCCAACACUGACCUGGAGGUCAAGAUCCGGGAAUGGUACAAGAAGCAGGGACCUGGUCCCGAGCGUGACUACAGCCCCUACUACAGGACUAUCGAGGAGCUCAGGAACAAGAUUCUUGCUGCAACAGUCGAAAAUGCCAACAUCGUCUUACAGAUUGACAAUGCCAGGCUGGCAGCUGAUGACUUCAGAACCAAGUUUGAGACGGAGCAGGCUCUGCGCCUGAGCGUGGAGGCCGACAUCAACGGCCUGCGCAGAGUCCUGGAUGAGCUGACCCUGGCCAGAGCUGACCUGGAGAUGCAGAUUGAGAACCUGAAGGAGGAGCUGGCCUACCUCAAGAAGAACCACGAGGAGGAGAUGAAUGCCCUGCGCGGGCAGGUGGGUGGAGAGAUCAGCGUGGAGAUGGAUGCUGCUCCUGGAAUCGACCUCACCAAGAUCCUGGCUGAGAUGAGGGAGCAGUACGAGAGCCUGGCCGACAAGAACCGCAGGGACGCCGAGCAGUGGUUCUUCAGCAAGACGGAAGAGCUGAACCGGGAGGUGGCCAUCAACACGGAGCAGCUUCAGAGCGGCAAGACGGAGAUCACAGAGCUACGACGCACCAUCCAGAGCCUGGAGAUCGACCUGCAGUCCCAGCUCAGCACGAAAGCGGCGUUGGAGGGCACCUUGGCCGACACAGAGGCGCGCUACGGCACCCAGCUGGCCCAGCUGCAGGGGCUGAUCAGCAGCGUGGAGGAGCAGCUGGCUGAGCUGCGCUGCGACAUGGAGCGCCAGAACCAGGAGUACAGGGUCCUCCUGGACGUCAAAUGCCGCCUGGAGCAGGAGAUCGCCACGUACCGCCGGCUCCUGGAGGGCGAGGACGCCCACAUUUCUUCCCAAUACUCCUCCGCUAUGUCCUCCCACUCGGGCAGAGACGUCACGACAUCUUCCCGUCAGGUCCGCACAAUCGUUGAGGAGGUGCAGGACGGGAAGGUGGUCUCCUCCCGGGAGCAGGUUGCACUCACCACUCGCUAGGAGGGCACGCAGCUCUGUGGAGCCUCGACCCCCGGCUCCAGGGGGUGGCGAGCUGAACCCAGCAUUGUCUGAGGCCAUACGUGACGGGGCUGUGUCACAGAAAGCAGUCAGCUUCAUUCAUCUGCUCCCCCUCCCUGUUUCACCCCCAUUUCACAUGGGUGCCGUCGUGCACUCUGUACACAUUUAAUAAAGCUUUUUUCCUUGUUCAUGCAA